CCUCUUCAGUCUUUUUAUUCUUAACAAGGCCACAGUUCCUGUUCUCCUUCAACUUCUCUUUCCUUUCACCCCUCCCUAAACAAUGCUUGAUCUCCGGCAAGGGUUUGCUGGAAACCAUAGCAGCAGAAUAAAUGACAGUUAUGACAGUUCAAGCAAUAUAGAUUUGGGCAUCUGGGCUCGAAGAACAGCUCAAAAUUAUCAGAAUUAUGGUAAAGAAGGUAGCAGUGGAAUAGAUUUUGGAUCUCAAACACAAAUUGAAGAUGAAUCCGGCAACUCGUCGCCACCCUUGUGGAAAGCAAGUUCACCCUCUAGUCCUACUGAAGCUUCACCAUUGAACCCACGGCACAACCACCACCACUACCAUCUUUCCCCAGCAUCUCGCUCACAGGCUAUUGCCAGAGGCCGGCGGGAAUUGAUGGAGAUGAUCCAAAACAUGCCCGAGUCCAAUUACGAGCUAUCUUUGAAAGAUCUUGUUGAGCAGCCAAUUAUGCCAGGAGUUCAACAAGCAACUGUGGAUGAAGAUGGGAUUCUAAAUAUUGAUGCCAAGAUGCAGGGUGACAAAGGAAGAAGGAAUAUCAAGAAAAGUGAUAAGAAGAGGCAAAUUAUGCGAAAUGGAAGCAUGGAUAGUGGAGUUUUUCUUCUUAAGAUGUUUUUCCCAACUAGAAUGGGUUCAAAAAAGAAGAACAAAAAGAACUCAGCAACAGGUAGCUGUUCUAAAGUUUCUCCUAAACCCCAAUCGCUAGAGGGACCUGAAAAAGGUGUGGAUAAGGAGUGGUGGAAGAAAAGGCUCUCAGUGGCAGGAGAGGGUAACUACGGUGGAUCAAGUAGCAAUAGCGGAAGCAAAGGAAGCACUUCGAGCAGUGGUAGCAGCAGUAGCAGAAAUAGUAGUAGAAGCAGACACAUUGGUGGUUGCUUACCUGCUUUCUGGUCCUUCUUCAAGAGCAAGAAAAGCAAAACGAGAGGUCAAAACGAGUACCCUUUUUGAAUGGAAAGACUGUUAGAGAAUAAAAACCUGCUCACAGUUCUUUGAGAUGGUAUCAGAACCUGUUUGACCAAGUGGUGUAGCAUUCAAUUUGAUCCUCACCGCCCCCAUUAUAAUUAAUUAAAUUGCAGAACAAGGUAUGGGUAGGCCUGUGCUUGUCCACGUUUCAAGCCCAAUAGGCUUUCGCAUGAGGGGGCAUGUUAUAAAAAAAAAAAAAGAAACUACUCAGCAACCUCACUUAAUAGCUUAAGCUUUUAGGUUGGUCAGUUCUUUGAGAAAGACCACACAAAUAUUGUACUUACAUCUUGCAUUACUUAGAGCAGAAAGAAAAUGCAAUAUGAGAUAUGUAUAUUCUUAAGAAAUUUGUGAUGAGAUUUCCUUUGGUUUUCUUUCUCCUCUUUCUGUUUUUCAUUUGGUGGGUGAGAUAUGAAUGUUGUUGUUUUCAGGGCA